UGGCCUGCAGCGUCUCAACUCUCAUCGCUUUCAACCGGAGAUGAUUAGCGGGGGUGUAUGCAGUUUCCGAAUGUGUUGCUCGCAUCUCCAUUGCUUCUCAGAGAAAUCUCUACUCCGACCAGCUCGGUUCUCUUUCACUUGCCGCCGCCGCCGCCUUUUGGCCACCGCAUCCUCGUUUUCUGGCGCCAAUAAGAAGGACACCAAAGAGAAGGUCAUCGUCAUUUCUGGCCCCACUGGGUCUGGUAAAAGCCGCCUUGCUUUAGAGCUGGCGAAGCGGCUCAAUGGUGAAAUUAUCAGUGCGGAUUCUGUCCAGGUGUACCAGGGUCUUGAUGUUGGAUCAGCAAAGCCCUCCAAAAAUGAUAGAAAGGAAGUACCGCAUCAUCUGGUUGACAUAUUGCACCCAUCUGAAGAUUAUUCUGUGGGGCGAUUUUUUGAGGAUGCAAGGCAAGCUACAAGAUGCAUUCUUGAUAAUGGUCACGUUCCUAUUGUUGUUGGGGGAACUGGAUUAUACUUAAGAUGGUUCAUUUAUGGAAAGCCUGAUGUCCCCAAGGCCUCUCCAGAGACUACAUCUGAAGCGUAUUUGGCUUUGGGUGAGUUAGAGAGAAAUGGGCAAUGGGAUGCAGCUGUGCAGUUGGUUGUAGAAGCAGGUGACCCAAAGGCACAAUUUAUAACUCCCAAUGACUGGUAUCGAUUGCGACGAAGCCUUGAGAUUAUUAAGUCUAGUGGAUCACCUCCGUCUGCUUUUGGGGUACCAUAUGAAUUUUUCAGGGAACAGGGAGAUGCUAGUGUUAUGGACAACUCUGGCUGUUCUGAUGGCAAUGCUAAUUGCGCUGGAAUGAAAGAAACAUCCUCAAAUUUGGACUAUGAGUUCAUGUGUUUUUUCCUUUCUACGCGAAGGCUUGACCUCUAUAGAUCAAUUGAUUACCGCUGCGAAGAUAUGCUAUUAGAGAGGGAUGGCUUAUUGUCUGAGGCUCAAUGGCUUCUUAAUGUUGGUCUUCAUCCUAAUUCAAAUUCAGCGACAAAAGCAAUUGGUUACAGGCAGGCCAUGGACUACUUAGUAAGAUGCAGAGAGCAAGGGGGUCAGAGUUCAGUUCGAGAAUUCUUCUAUUUUUUAACUGAAUUUCAGAAGGCAUCUAGGAAUUUUGCCAAAAGACAGCUGACAUGGUUUCGAAAUGAACAUAUAUACCACUGGCUUGAUGCUUCUAGACGUCUGGACACCAUUCUAGACUUUAUCUACAGAUCUUACCAUGAUAACACUGGAGCUGUCAUUGUUCCUGAACACUUGAGAAUGUCUAGAGAUGCUUCUAACGGUCGAGAAGCUAAUGAACUAAAGGCCUACCGCAGCAAAAAUAGGCUUUUCUUGAAUAAAGACGAUUGCUCUCCUGUUCUGGAGUGGAUAAGGAGAACUCAAGGCUGAAUUUUGGGUUCUCUUGAAGUUGCCUCAAUUUUGACAUUACACAGAGAAACACAACAAAUCUUUUCAGUUUGAGCAGAAAGGGACCUUGAAGAGCGGCAGAGGCAGCGCAGGGAAAAUAGUGUAUGCGUGUGUUUUCUUGGGUUUCAUUUCCUUCCCUCGAAGAGUGAGCAAGAGACUACAAGGGAGAAAGGAAUGUAAGGGAAACUUUUGUAUGUAAUUAGUUUAAAUUUAUUUUAAUGCUACUGGUUUAUGAAUGAGAAUAUUCCAUUUAACAUGCUUGGGAUCUUUU